AUGAUAGACCUUGUGCCCAUUGCACUAGCUCUCUUCCUAGGACUAGCUUUGUUUUUUCGUCUUCUACACUUCUUCUUUGCUGAAAAAGGGCCUACACCUACAGACUUGCCUAAAGGAAGCAUGGGGUGGCCAUUUUUGGGUGAGACUCUGGGCUUUCUCAAACCUCAUAAAUCAAACUCUCUGGGAAGCUUCUUACAAGAACAUUGCUCCAGAUAUGGAAGCGUGUUUAGAUCACAUCUGUUUGGUUCUCCAACCAUAGUUUCCUGUGAUCCAGAGCUCAAUACAUUCAUUCUUCAGAAUGAACAGAAGCUAUUCCAGAGCAGUUAUCCAAAGCCUGUGCGUGAUAUUCUUGGAAAGCUUUCUAUGAUGCUUGUGUCCGGAGACCUUCAUAAGAAAUUAAGAAGCAUUGCAGUGAGCUUCAUCAAUACGACUAAGUCAACGCCUGACUACCUUCUUUACGUAGAGAAGUACUCAAUCUCAGCAAUGGAGUCGUGGAAAGGCCGUCAACAAGUUUCUUUCUUGAAAGAAGCUAAAGAGUUUACAUUGUAUCUCAUGUUGAAGACUUGGCUGGAUAUAGAACCAGAAGAUCCACCAGCUUUGAAAAUAUUAGAAGACUUCCUUACCUUCAUGAAAGGGUUUGUGUCACUCCCUCUAAAUGUUCCAGGGACCCCUUAUGCCAAGGCUGUCAAGGCAAGAGCAAGGAUCGCAUCCACUUUAAGAGAAAUUCUUAAAGAAAGAGAAAAGAGCAAAGUGGGGUCUUCCAAAAGUGGCGUUUUAGACGAGAUUUUGCAGAAAGGGAACUUAAGUGAUGAAGAGAGAGUGAGUGUUGUUAUGGACCUAGUGCUAGCAGGUUAUGAGACAACCUCAGGACUUCUGUCCCUAGUCGUCUACUUUCUUGGACAAUCACCGUAUGUUCAUCAAAAACUAAAGGAAGAGCACCUAGCUCUGAGGAGAAGAAAGGGAGAAGGAGAACCCUUGAACUGGGAAGAUUACAAGCAAAUGGAAUUCACUUCCAAUGUUAUAUGUGAAUCUCUAAGAUGUGGAAACCUAGUUAAAUUUUUGCACAGGAAAGCUCUUCAAGAUGUCAAAUUCAAAGAUUAUCUGAUUCCUGCAGGGUGGCAAGUUCUUCCUGUCUUCACUGCAUCGCAUCUUGAUCCAUCUAUUCAUGAAAAUCCCUCGGAGUUUAACCCUUGGAGAUGGACCGAUCCAGCAAUGAACAGAAAGGUGACACCUUUUGGUGGUGGAUUACGGCUGUGUCCUGGUGUGGAACUAGCUAAAGUGGAGACUGCCUUUUUCCUUCAUCAUUUUGUCCUUAACUAUAGGUGGAAAACAAAAGAUGAUGAUUUCCCGGUAUCAUACCCUUAUGUGGACUUCAAAAGAGGUUUGGUGUUGGAGAUAGAGCCAAUAAAGAAUAGAAUGUCUUGA